GUUGAUAAACAAUACAAUCACGUGAUGUAUAUGAAUGGACACAAUGACCGGUCGAUCACUUGAUUUGGUGACCACUUUGAUGUCACCGCAUGUUUGACAUAAUGUCUAUCAUUGCAUUGAAGCCACGGAAGAAAGUGGUCCUCAAACUCGAUGGCGUUCAACAAAUGAAAUGGCCAAAACUUUGUCUGUCAUUGGAUGAGACAAUUAGUACAGACGGUGAUGACGAUGGCGACCACAGGGACAACAAAUUGACGACACAGUCGACUGUGAAGAAACCGGCAGAAGUCUGUGACAAAUGUGUUGUCUUGAAGCGAAUGGUCUGUUUUAAAGAUAUAGCCAUCGAGAGGUUGACCGACGAUAGGGACCAAUUGAAAGUGAAACUUACGAAACACCACAACAAGAAUAUUGAGCUAAAGCUUAGACUUAAAGGACUUGAAUCUCAACAAAAACAAGAAGUAGAAAAAGAAGAAGAACAACAACAACAACAACAAGAAAGACGUUUUAAUUGUGAUAAUUGUAUGAAAACUGAACUUAAAUACAAAGAUCUUAUCGCCACUAAUGAAGAAUUAAUGGCAAUUAAUAGACAUCUGAGACAACAUUUGGAUCAUUUAAGACAUGUAUUCAACGAGUUUCACAACAAUUCCGGUGAAAGUACGGGUAAUACGACAGCUCUUAAUGUGACUUCAAGUACAUCCACUACAGACUCAACGACUCAAUCGAUGUCUAAGACGUUAACUCAGUCUAAGAGUACGUCAACUGAUCCAAUAGUUAUUCAAACAAAUAGUAAUACUAACGCUGUUUCAUCCAUAGUUGAUGAUAGUGUGGAACUGUCAUCAAUUGAUAAAAGUUUUGAGAUUUGGUAUAAUAAAUGA